AUGAGGCUUUACCGGGAACGGAAAUGUUUUUCCCACUUAGCGUCGAUAAUUGCGGCAGCCGCCGUACUGCAAGCGCUUACUUUCGGUGUAGUAUGUGCAGAUGAUGCCAACAAUGCGACGACAGUAGACAGCACUGUGAAAAAUGUGUCGACAACUACAACUACGACUACGGUAGCUCCCAUCAUUGAUACAUUCAAACUAUGCGAGAACUGCAACUGCAACAAAGAUACUGGCCUGUUUGAUUGCAGCAGCAAAAACAUUGGCCCAAAAUCGUUCACCCAAGAGGGCUGGGCAUCGUUGAACGCGAGCGGCUUGAACACCAAAACGGUGCUGCUUGUGUCGGCCGGCUUGAAGGAGGUAACAGCGUUCCCGCCGAUGAAUGUUACCGUGCUGGAUCUGAGCCACAACGAGAUAGCGACGAUUGAAAUAUCGUGCUUUAAAAAUCUAACGCAGCUGGAGGUCCUCGAUCUGUCCCACAAUCGGCUCAAAACUAAGGACCUUAUUCCGGAAAUUUUCAUUGGACAUUAUUCGCCGAGCAUAUAUGAACCGUUGAAGCAGCUGCGUGUUUUGCGCCUCGGCGCUAAUGAGUUGCACUCGCUGAAUCAGGACCUGUUCCAGCAUUUGCCAGCGCUGGAAGAGCUCAGCCUGGAGCUGAACGCGUUCAAGGUUAUCGAUCAGCAGUCGGAAACUGCUAUCGCUAGUGUUGAUCGUCUUGUCAGCCUGGAUCUCAGCUAUAUGGAGCUGGAGGAGAUUCCAAAGUAUCUCUUCCACACACCGACAGGGCUGCAGUAUCUCAACCUGACCGGCAAUCUGUUGAAAACCAUUCCGCCAGCGUUGUCCUACGCUAAGGGCCUUAAGUGGCUCAGUUUAGACGAGAAUCCAAUCGACUCGAUUGUGUUGGGCAGCGAGUUCCCGACCUUAAAGAAGCUUACGUUCCUCAGCCUGUCGUACAUGACCGAGCUGAAGGUGAUUGGGCGCAGUGCUUUCAGUGGGUUGGAAUCGUUGGAGGAGAUACACAUUACGAAUAAUCCACACCUGAGCUAUCUGCACGGGCACGCGUUCGUGCGCAACGACACGGAUAACCCGGAACGGUUCGAUUGGCCACCGGUCAAGCGCUUUUAUCUGCACAACAAUAACAUAUCCUACCUCGACGCGCAGCUGCUAGUACAGUGGGACGCCAUGGAGGUGAUCGACAUUCGCGUUAAUCCGUGGGCUUGCGAUUGUUCUAACCGGUGGGUACUGCUCUCACUGCUGCCCAUCAUCGAACGAACCACACCAGCGAUCCUCAACAACAUCGACUGCAACAGUCCAGCACAGAUGGCCGGUUUGUCGAUGGUGGAUCUAUCGCACAAAAACACGCACAUGCGAUGUGCGGACACUAACGGUAACAAUCCGUCCAACGACGGAGCCCUGUUGAUGGGACUGCUGAUCGGUGUACUGCUGGCGAUUCCCUUCACUGCAGCAGUGUGGUGCGUGUACAAACGGGGCUGCUUUGGGCUGUUCGGACGCGGUAACUCGGCCGCCUAUUCACGUGCAUUCUACAGCCGCACCACACUCAACGAGGAGUUCUAG